UACGAAGUUUGUGGCAUGAAUUUUAUCCCUUCAUGAUAGAAGACUAUCCGUCUUCAAGCACCACGGAUAAUACACAUAUCACAAAUAGACUUUUACGAGACUUAAACGGAUUGCUGGUGCAACAUAGUAAGUCUAUUUCUCAUUAUGAUUUGCCGGAAAUGACUGAAGAUCGUGGUGCAAAUUCAACAUUGCCAAGGGUAAUAGAAGAUGAAGUUUCAGUUAUCAUCCCACAAGAGGACUGUGAUGCGGUUCAUCAUUUGAAUGAGGAUCAAGCUUUUGCGUACAACUCGAUAAUAUCUGCUAUUCAAUGUCGUGAACCUGCUGUAUUUUUUGUCGAUGGUCCAGGAGGAACCGGAAAAACAUACUUAUAUCGUGCAUUGUUAGCAACCUUGAGAAGUAAUAAUCAUAUCAUAUUAGCAACUGCAACUUCUGGAAUAGCAGCAACAAUAUUGCCUGGUGGAAGGACAGCACACUCCCGGUUUAAAAUUCCACUCAAUCUUGAUGCGUCUUCCACAUACUCGAUUAGCAAACAAUCUGAUUUAGCAGAGUUGAUAAGAAGAUCAUCAGCAAUAAUUUUGGAUGAAGCACCAAUGAUGAAUCGAUAUGCCUUUGAAGCUCUCGAUCGAACUUUCAAAGACAUAACAGGCAUAGAUUUGUCAUUUGGAGGAAAGGUGAUGAUUUUAGGGGGAAAUUUUCGACAAGUUCUUCCUGUUAUCUAUAAAGGUAUGAGGUCUGAGAUGGUGCAAGCCAGUUUAAUUAAUGCUUCCUUUUGGAAGGAUGUGAAGAUCCUUCAUUUGAGACAAAAUAUGAGAUCUAUCAAUGAUCCUGAGUUCUUAGAGUUCUUACUCCAAGUUGGUAAUGGAGAACGACAGACUGUGAUUGAAGACAUGAUACAAUUACCUUCACCUAUGGUCAUACCAUGGGAGGGUGAAGAAUCAAUCAACCAAUUAGUCAAUGAAGUGUUUCCUAAUUUGAAUUGCCAUGUUAAUGAUGUUUUGUAUAUGGUUGAAAGGGCAAUAAUUACUCCAGAAAAUGAUGAUGUGGAUGUACUCAAUGAAAUGAUCAUAAAGCGGUUUCCGGGACCAGUGCGCAUCUUAAACUCUUUUGACUCUGUUGAGGAUGACACAAGAAAUAUGUACCAAAAAGAAUUCUUAAAUUCAAUUUCCCCUUCUGGUAUGCCGCCACAUCAAUUGACGAUAAAAAAGGGUGCUCCUAUUAUGCUUUUGAGAUAUAUUGACCCAAAUAUGGGGUUGUGCAAUGGUACGGGAUUGACUUGCCACGGAUUAUAUAACAAUCUCAUAGAUGCAGAGAUUCUAACUGGACAAUUUGCGGGAACAAGAGUUUUUUUAAGAAAGCAGUUCCCUGUAAAGUUGAGUUUUGCCCUUACUAUCAACAAAUCACAAGGACAAACAAUACCAAAUGUGGGUAUUUACCUUCCUGAUCAUGUGUUCAAUCAUGGACAGUUAUACGUGGCUUUAUCAAGAGGAGUUUCAGAGGCCACCACCAAAGUUUUAGUCAAGAAAGGCUCAUUCGAAGGCGAGGAAGGGGUGUUCACAACUAAUGUUGUCUAUAAAGAGAUUUUACUUCCUUCCGGUUAA